GCGGAGCGGGCGAGAGGCGACGGCGGGCGCGUUGGCGCUCGUCGUCGCGAGCGCGGUGUGUGGGAUGCUCGGAUGGAAGAUUGGAUCGAAAGUGUACGAUGCGCUGGAGGCUCGAGCGGGGCCGCUGGGGAUGGGGGUGGGGGUGGGGGGCGCGGGACGCGCGCUCGCGCGGAGGGUGACGGCGGAGAAGACGGAACUGAGUCUGGAACGGUAUCCGAACGCGAGGUGUUUGGACGGCACCCCGGGGGUGUUUUACGUCAAUUUAGCGCCCGAACGGAUGAAGGGGAGCGUGAACGAAGGGGAGACGCGCGGUGGGGGUGAUGGAGAGAUGGACGCCGCGGACGGAUACUCGACGUCCCGAACGUGGGUGGUGAUGUUGCAGGGCGGGGGUGAGUGCGUGGACGCGGUGGAUUGCUCCGAUCGCGCCGGUACCGCUCGGGGAUCGAGCGAACUCGUGGCCGAUGAGAUGGUGUACGAUAAAGGAAUUCAGGCUGUGACGAGAGACGAGGAGGGAAUGGAGUUACCUUUUGUUCGAGCGAACAUGGCGACGGUGGCGUACUGCUCGGGAGACGCGUACAUGGGACGCGCAACCGAGGCGGACGAGGGUGGAUUCUGGCACUCCGGCGCGCACAUCGUUGAGGCCGUCUUGAGCGAGCUCGUUCGGUCGUACGGAAUGGGAGACGCCGACGUCAUAGUGUUGGCCGGGCGAAGCGCCGGGGGCAUUGGGUUGAUUGCGCAGGUGGACAAGUGGGCGAGUCUGAUUCGUGAGAAGUUCGAAACAAAGGCGCGAAGUACGGUGAAAAUUAUGGGAGCACCCUUCGCUGGGUUCCACUUCUUUCACAACGGCACCGAGAUCGCGGCGGACGAAAAGUACAUCCCGUGGGAUAGCGCCUCGUUUAAGCGGUACAUUGACUUUUGGCGAGCGGACGAGUCGCUCCCUCGGGCGUGCGUCCAGAGGCAUGGGAACGAACCGUGGUCGUGCGCGGUGGCUGAAAACUCAUUUGCCACCAUUCGAACACCCUUAUUCUUCUCUCAGGCCCUCACAGACUCGGUUGUCAUGCACUUGCACGACAACUUUAGCGGCGAUUUCUCGAGCUCAACGGCGGUGCAGUUCGCGCUCGAUUGGGGACAGAGAAUGAGAGAGCAUCUCGCUCCCGUGAUGAAUCACAACACCGCGGGGCUUUUUGCCGCAUCGUGCUACAUGCACACCGACUUCGACAAUAUCGUCGUCGGCGGAAUGUCCCAUCACAAGGCGCUCGCCGAGUGGGUGUUCAAGAAUAAGCGCAUCAAGCUCGUCGACAACUGCGUCGGCUUGAUGUGCAACCCGACGUGCAAGAAUCGAGGCGCGAACGCGAUCGACCUCGACGAAGUCAACGCGAAGCGAAACGAAGCCGCCCGAGAGGGUCUCAUCGAGGCUUUAAAGGCGGAGCAUCUAGAGCCCGAGACGAAUGCGAGCGCGCCCGUCGGCCGAGCCGCCGCCGCGCGCGCGUCGCCCCAGCCGUCGCGCCCGCGCCCACGCCGCGCCGCUGGCGGAUGA